AUGCGCAAUCCUCGAGGAAGUAGCUUUCACUCGGUGACUAUGGAUCUGAACAUAGGCGAAUCGUUCUUUGAAGAGCAGAUCGCGGAAGAGGCGUUUGCUUCUGACUUCUUUGUCGCUGAUUACGUGCCAAAGCAGGUAAAACCGUUGUGGUUUCUGGACAACGCUCUGUCAGAAAAUGCUCUGAUAUGGCAGCACAGAGGCAACUUUCUUUAUGCAUGUCGAAAGUACAAGCAGGCGGCCCGUGCUUACGAAAAUGCACUGACGUUGCUGCCGGAAGAGUUGACUUUCCAAACGCACGAACUGAACGAGUCUUUGGUGUGUUGUUUUUUACAGAUGGCCGAGUUCGAACAGGCAGAACAAUUUUUACUGUCAAACAUUGACAAAGCGACUUUUGACGUAAAGCUUAGAUGUGUUUUUAAGUCUUACGAAUUGUACAAGAAAAUUCCUAAACCUGAACGCUGUUUUUCCGUUCUGUUUGUAUUACUGACCGGAUACGACGACAAUGCUAAAUUUUGGAUCGAACUACAUCGCGUAAUUUUGCUUUUCAAGAAUGAAGAAUCGUUGGAAGUUUCUUCUUUGCCAUUCUGUGAAUCGUGCUUAGAAGCAAUUGCAGAAUUUGCAUUUUCUUAUGCUUGCAAACUGUAUCGCGUUCUUCAGCAAACUUCUUGUGGUGCCAUGCGAGAAAGAGUCGUGGAAGCGCAGGUGUCUUUAAACGAUCGUAAUGCUGAGAAACGAGCGUUUACCCAUUUACAUGCAUGCAUCGAUCACCAGUCUUUCCUUCAGCUGGAUUGUUCUCCCUCAGAACCUUCUGCAACCGAGUUUUCAUACCGUGAAGACGAGUUCGAGCGAUGUGCUGAUACACAGGCCAACGAUGUAAUUUUCGACGAGUCAGAAGCACUGCGACAUAUAUGUUCGAAAUGGUUCAACGGGAUACUUUGUUCGAAGUGCAUAAAGUGCGAUUAUUUGUCCCGCAAGUGA